AUCUGUUUGCUUUGCAGACAUAUUCUUUUUGGAAAAACUCCAUCAAUAAUGUAUUAAAUAUUGUUAUUCUAAUAUUUCAGUUGAGAAAAAGGACACUCGGAAGAGAAACUUAGGACAGGCUCCAUAAUUUUAUAAGUGAGGCAGUGCUGAAAGAACACAUUUUGUUCUGAUUCUAUACUUUUUGAACUUUUAGUUUCUUCUGAUCAUGCUGUAUUGAUCACUGACCUGCAAAAUUUACCAAAAUCACAUGCUUUAUAAGGUACUGGGUAAAGUUUUACCAAAUCAAUGAACUGGUUUUGUGUUACUAGGUAAAAAACAUAGUCAUCAUGGCAUGGGAGAAUAAGACCUUCAACUCUGACUUCCUCCUCCUGGGAAUCUUCAAUCACAGCCCCACCCACACCUUCUUCUUCUUUCUGGUCCUGGCCAUCUUUUCAGUGGCCUUCAUGGGAAACUCUGUCAUGGUUCUCCUCAUCUACCUGGAUACCCAGCUCCACAACCCCAUGUACUUCCUCCUCAGCCAACUGUCCCUCAUGGACCUCAUGCUCAUCUGCACCACCGUACCCAAGAUGGCCUUCAACUACUUGUCUGGCAGCAAGUCCAUUUCUAUGGCUGGCUGUGCCACACAAAUUUUCUUCUAUGUAUCACUGCUUGGCUCCGAAUGCUUUCUGUUGGCUGUUAUGUCUUAUGACCGCUACAUUGCCAUUUGCCACCCUCUAAGAUACACCAAUCUCAUGAGACCCAAAAUUUGUGGACUUAUGACUGCCUUCUCCUGGAUCCUGGGCUCUAUGGAUGCAAUCAUUGAUGCUGUAGCAACAUUUUCCUUCUCCUACUGUGGGUCUCGGGAAAUAGCCCACUUCUUCUGUGACUUCCCUUCCCUACUAAUCCUCUCAUGCAAUGACACAUCAAUAUUUGAAAAGGUUCUUUUCAUCUGCUGUAUAGUAAUGAUUGUUUUUCCUGUUGCAAUCGUCAUCGCUUCCUAUGCUCGAGUUAUUCUGGCUGUCAUUCACAUGGGAUCUGGAGAGGGUCGUCGCAAAGCUUUUACUACCUGUUCCUCUCACCUCAUGGUGGUGGGAAUGUACUAUGGAGCAGGUUUGUUCGUGUACAUACGGCCCACAUCUGAUCGCUCCCCUAUGCAGGACAAGAUGGUGUCUGUAUUCUACACCAUCUUCACUCCCAUGCUGAAUCCCCUCAUCUACAGCCUCCGCAACAAGGAAGUGACCAGAGCAUUCAGGAAAGUGUUAGGAAAGGGCAUGUGUGGAGAGUGAGUGCUUUGUAAACUUUAUGCUUUGCUGUCUGCUAAAUUCUUUUAAAUGUCCCUUUUUUUCCGUUAAGUCCUCAAAAUAGCUUUCAUUUUGUACAUAAACGGGCACCUAUAUAAUCUAUUUCAGAUAAACUAUUUUAAAUAUUUCUUGUUUUAUAUUCAAUUCAGUUGUU